GCCGGGAGCGCGCCGGGUCUGUCUCGGCCUCUCAGAGCCGCACGCUCAGUGGAGCUCCCGCCACUGCCGUCGCCUCGGCCCCUCGGUGCCGCGUCCCAGGCCUCCUCCCUUCCUCCGCCACUCCCUUUCCCUUUCCCGCCCUUCUCUCUCACACGGUCCACGGAGAGAGCCUGGAUACGAAGCAGGCGGACGUGAAAAGGGGGUUGGAAAAAUGGAGGUGCCGCGUCUGGAUCAUGCCCUUAGCAGCCCCACCAGCCCCUGUGAGGAGGUGAUCAAAAACCUCAGCCUGGAGGCCAUUCAGCUGUGCGACCGGGACGGGAACAAAUCACAAGACAGUGGCAUAGCAGAGAUGGAAGAACUUCCCAUACCACAUAACAUCAGAAUAAGCAACAUUACAUGUGACUCAUUCAAGAUUUCAUGGGAAAUGGAUUCAAAAUCAAAAGACCGUAUUACACACUAUUUCAUUGACCUCAAUAAGAAAGAGAACAAGAACUCCAAUAAAUUUAAACACAAGGAUGUUCCAACAAAACUGGUGGCAAAAGCUGUUCCCUUGCCGAUGACUGUCCGUGGACACUGGUUUUUGAGCCCAAGAACUGAGUAUACAGUAGCAGUGCAGACCGCCUCAAAACAAGUUGAUGGUGAUUAUGUUGUGUCUGAAUGGAGUGAAAUUAUAGAAUUCUGCACAGCAGACUAUUCAAAAGUUCAUCUAACACAACUGUUGGAGAAGGCUGAAGUGAUUGCAGGACGGAUGCUUAAAUUUUCUGUUUUUUAUCGUAACCAGCACAAAGAAUAUUUUGACUAUAUUCGAGAACAUCAUGGGAAUGCUAUGCAGCCCUCUGUCAAGGAUAACAGUGGUAGCCAUGGCUCUCCUAUCAGUGGAAAAUUAGAAGGCAUCUUCUUCAGCUGCAGCACUGAAUUCAAUACUGGGAAGCCACCCCAGGAUUCACCUUAUGGAAGAUACAGGUUUGAGAUUGCAGCAGAAAAACUUUUUAACCCCAACACUAACUUAUACUUUGGGGACUUCUACUGUAUGUACACUGCUUAUCAUUAUGUGAUUCUUGUCAUUGCCCCUGUGGGAUCACCAGGAGAUGAAUUUUGUAAGCAGCGCCUUCCUCAGCUAAAUUCCAAGGAUAAUAAAUUUUUGACCUGCAGAGAAGAAGAUGGGAUGCUGGUUUACCACCAUGCCCAGGAUGUCAUUUUAGAAGUCAUUUACACUGACCCUGUGGAUCUUUCUCUAGGCACCGUGGCAGAAAUCACUGGUCAUCAGCUUAUGAGUUUAUCUACUGCAAAUGCAAAGAAAGAUCCCAGCUGCAAAAUCUGUAAUAUUAGUGUUGGACGUUAAUGCCCACUUUUCUUAUUCUUAGUCCCCUUCCUUCCCUUAGGAGCAUUGAUCCUCUGUUGUCCAUUUUCAUCACCAGAUGUCUUCCACUGAAGCAUGCACAUGCCGCUCUCACCAAAAGCAAACAAACAAACUGCCACUUAUCAAAUUUCAUUCAGAGCUGUUUUAGUGUUUCCUAUUCCCUACCCUUCCCCCUCCUUUCAAUGCUGAAAUAUCCUAAGUUGUCCCUCUGACGCUCUGUUGCCUAGAUGCUGCAAUGUUUUAAUUUUUCCUUUAUGCCAAACAUAACCAAUUAUAUAAACUGCUUUAGCAAAAUACAAAGUAAUGGAAAAUAAUGGCUUAUAAAUGGUGUUUAAAUAUGCACUCAUUUUAAUCUACUGAGCAAAUAUUGGGAUUAUUCCAAACCGCAUGAAAGGGUGUAAUUGCAGCAUGAAUUAAAUCUUGAAGCCUAGAAUUGUCAGCACUUCCAACUUGUUGUUUGACAGUGUUAUUUAUGUUAUUUAUAUUAGCUAACAGGAAACAACUACUGUGUUUCAACAUAAUAAUAAAUAUAAUAGAAAAAUAUUUUAUUUGUAUUGUAUAAAAUAUUUACAAUCUUAUAGAAUAUAUAGAGUUACAUUUUAAUAGCAAUUGUAUACAUGUCACGAAACCAUUUCCCUUAUCAAAGAUGUAGUUUGUAAACCUCAAAUAGUUGUGUAUCUGUUCUGUUACAAGUAGACGACUUUAAUUAAACAAAUUUAUGAAGGA